GUAUCUAUGAAUAGCUAUCUUCUUCUAACUUCAUUUUCUUUGUUUUCUCUGUUGGUGUCUUGAAUGGCUUGUAUAUCCUAUCUUCAUAUUCUGUGCAACUUCUAUCUUACAUCUCGCAUAUACAAACUUCAGCAAAGGUCACGAGCAGCACAGCCCAUCUACAUACAUAUCACAAGCUGUGAAGCUUAUCGCAACGCACGAAAAGGCUGUGCCGCCCGCAGGAAAGCCCACCAAAACACAUAUUCGAAAAACGUUACAUCUUUCGCAUUCGUUCAAUUAGAGUUUGGUACUCUACCACGAUCGUUUUGAAGCUUUUAGGCUUCCGCCAAAAGUGUGGAAAUAACCAAUUACUAGGGGCGAGUGCUUCUAGACCCACUUUAUUAUUCUUCCAGCCUUUUCGUUCGAGCUUGAUAUUCGAUAUAUACAUAGCGGUUUGGAAUAAUUGAAGAAUUUGGUUAUGGCAGAGCAUGAAUUUGGGGAGAACCCUCCAUCCAACCAAUCUGCAUCACCUUCCUCAAAUCCGAGCUCCAAACAUCACAUCAACUCAAUUGGAAAUCAGAGGCCUCCCAAUACACAUACGCAGCAUCACAAUAGCAAUCAAUCUUCGUUAGCAUCAACCCUUUCGCCUACAUCAGAAGCCUCUUUUCUAUCUAGUCAAACUGAUGAGACUGAUAUCAGUCAUGUGCCCUUAUCUGCGCAUACAUUAACACCAUCGGGUCCAAUGAAUGCAUCCAAAAAAUACCAUCGAAGAUCAUUAUUUUUACCAGAAACUUUCAAAACAGAACUUGCUUCUCCCACUCAAAAAUCUUUCAAACUGUUCUCGAAACGUGCUAGUUCGUAUAACCCACCAACCGCAAAAACAGAUGCAGACUCCAGCAAAGAUCCAACGAAGGGAAAGCUUGCCCCUAAACGAUUUUCCCAAAGAAAAUCACUCCUCCACCAUUCUCGAGAUGCAUCUAUCCCCGAAGAAGAAUUUGAUCUCAAUCUCCUCAGUGCCGCAAUGCCCAUGGCAUACCAAGGAAAGACCAUCGACAAAACCGCUAGCGCAGAAACCGAAUAUGAAGAUGCACCCAUGGUAUCCCCCAUGGCCAUCCCGUUCGAUCUCUCCAUGUUUCACGAACCCAUCCACCACUCCUCACUAACCCCCGCGAUGCGCGAGCAGAUCAAUCGCCAAGAAGCGGCAGGGAUACUUACCGGCGGACUCGGCGCUGGUUUUGUUCCAGAUAGUACGAUUACCAGCCGCGAUUUGAUGGUUGAGAAUUCUCAACCCAGCACCGCAGCCUCUCGUCUCUCUCGCCGUCUAACUCUACGAAAUGGUCUCACCCGAGCCCCCACACUCAAAGAUCUCGCUCAAAACGAAGCCAACAGACGCGGCGAAGUGAUCGAAGUCAUCGUGCAAGAACCCAUUGAUGCACCUGUCGAUAUCAGUUCUUUUGCUGGCCAUACUGGAGUCCACGAAUCGAAUUUCGAUUUCAAGAGUAUGGAUUCUCUCCCCUCGACCAUCAAUAAAAAAGCCACGUUCAAAAGCGCCAACGUGGAAGUAUUCUACCCCCAAGCAAACUGGAAGCCCUUUUCCAUGCGCGCCCCCUACCUAACCGCACUCAUCAUUAUUUCUGUGGUCCUCGGCGCCGCAGAAGAAUACCUCUAUCAGAAAUCGCGCAAAAGUCCUCUCUAUUCAUUCACAUCCGCGUCUGCGAUGAAAACAUGGGAUUAUUUUUGUUUCAAAUAUCUCCCUACUCUCGUCGCCGUUAUCUUUGGCGUUUUAUGGCAAAUCACCGAUUUUGAAGUCAAGCGUCUAGAAGCCUAUUAUCAACUUUCCAGAGAAGGCGGUGCGUUGGCUGCGGAAUCAAUUAAUGUGGAUUAUAUUACCUUUUUUAACGUCUUGCGUCCUUUUCGCGCGUUGCAGUUUAAACAUUACGCUGUGGCCGUUUCUUCCAUCGCGACUUUGUUAGCCGUUUCUCUAGUUCCAACGCUGCAAUCUGCAAGCGUGAUAUUAAUCCCUAGUCGAGAAAUUAGAAGAGCGGAUCCAACGAUACUCAAAGGAAUCGUGAUUAGUGGUGCCUGGUCCCGAUCACUCAGUCUUUCGCUCUGGCUCUGUGCUAUCUUCGGGUGUAUUCUACUCUGGCAGCUCGAGCGCCGUCCUUCAGGUCUCGUAGCCGAUGUCAAAGGCGUAGCUGGUAUUGCUGCCAUGGCAAACCGCUCACACAUCCUGAUGGAUUUCAAAGAUAUGGAUACCGCGACUCCGGACAUGAUUCAUCAAAAAUUGAAAGCACAUCACUACACCCUGCGCAAUUCUUCUCUUGCCCCCUCUGACCAAGUUCUCACGCAAGCCGAUAAAGAUAAAUACGAUGCCCACUCCCACGCCUCUCAAAAUCCCCAUCCCCUGUUCCUGCGUCUCAUUGCCGGCAUCCCCUUUAUAAUCUCCAUGUUCCUCUUCACUCUUCUCGUCCCCAUCAUCCUCUUCACCCCCGCCAACACCAUCACCGACAAAGCCCCCUGGCUCCUCACCCUCGGCGCCGUCUCCAUCAAACUCUGCUGGGGAAGUCUCGAAACCGCCAUCCGCAUGAUCGAACCCUUCUACAUCCUCUCUCGCCGGCACGCCUCCCCCACUGCCCUCACCCUCGACUACACCGCCAUGGCAUUCGGCUGGCUCCCCAUCCGCGCCUUCCUCAAUGGUCACUACCUCGUCGCCGUCGUAGGACUCGGCUCCGUCCUCGCCGAAAUCCUCACAGUAUGCGUCACCAGUUUCAGCACCGUCACCGGCAACGAUUUUACUUCUCGCUCCUCAUCCUCCUCUCCCAACAGCCCCUCCAACGGUGUCGACGCCGGCGAAGAAACAUUCGCAUCCUUCUGGGCCUCAUUCUUCCUCGCGCUCGCUAUCCUCGUCUUCCUAAUCUGCAUCUCCAUCCUUUCCUACGCACGUCGCCGCCAUCCCUUUCUCCCUCGUCAACCCAGCUCCAUCGCAUCCAUCCUGGCGUUUAUCUAUCAAUCGAAUAUGCUGUAUGAUUUUGUAGGGACGGAAAAACUCAAUAAUCGCGAGAUGGAAGAGAGAUUGGUGGGGAUUGGUAAGAAAUACGGGCUGGGUUGGUUUAAAGGCAGAGAUGGCGAAAUGCAUUGUGGGGUUGACGAGGAGGAGUUGAGUGCGAGGUAUUUGCAUGGUCAGAAUAAGAAGGCGGAGAGUGAACCGUGGAGAGGGAAUUGGCAGGAUUAUUAGGGGGGUGGAUUUGGGAAGCAUUUGAGUUAGCAUGCGAGUACGGAUUGGAUAAUGGUGAAGACAUUUAUACCAACCAACCAACUGACUAACAUUCGACGAAUAUAUAAUUUAGUAAUACGAAGAUCUCAAAUUGGGAUCCGUAUAUUAUAUCGUUUUACAUUCUACAUUUUAAUGUACUAAUUAAUGAGAAUAAUGAGA